UUUCAGUACCAAAAGCGGUAACCCCGAGCUACACUCGGGCUUACCAUGCAGCGUUUCUCAGGGAUUCACUGCAGUGCUUACCUUGUCCUUCGCUCUCGCGAUGUGUUCCCUGCAGCGUCCCCGGCCAUCUCCUCUGGCUUCCGUGUUCCGGUCCCUGUGACGUCGGGACUUACGGGCGCCAGAACCGGCAGCAAAUUUGAAAUUUUUAAAAAAUUUCAUUUUUUUUAAAAUGAUCAUUACAUAUGCUUUGUCCUGCGCCCUGCCUGCAUUUUGACUGUUCUUUCUG